AUGGACCCAUUGCCGUACACCUACCUACGUCGAGGUUCUCAAGUCCCCGACAAUGUCCCCUCCAGAGCAGCACAACUACUCGUCUACCCAUCUCCUCUCACCUACCCACCCUCCACACCCGUGGUGACACCGCAGAAGCGUGUCAAUCUAUCCCCUCGAUUCAAACGUCUGCUGGCCAUAGCCACUGCGCUGCCACUGCUUGCUCUCAUUCUCGUCAUCUGCACCACCCUCUCACCACAUUGGGAGCGUGUGCACUUCCUGUUCCACCGCCUCAUCCAACGAGCCUGUUCGCAGCAGGAGAAGAUGACAUGGCUACUGGCACACGUGGAAUUGGAGGGAGUUGGGGUUGGUGGGGUGAGGCUGUUUGACAACCAGACGAGGUGGGAGAUGUGUCAGCGAUGGAAAGAGGCACCGCCAACCAUCGUGGGAGUGUGCAUCUACAAUGGCAGUGAACAGAAUGCCACAGUGAUUGAGGUGUUGAAUGUGUUGGGAGGAGCGUUCCAAAUGUGCAAGGGGAAGCUGGGGGAGGGCAAUUUGUUUCGACAAACAAAAUAUUGCGGCUCUAUCGGAGGAACUAUAAGGGGUCUUGAGGAGACUCCCAAGCAAUCCCUACGAUUGAAAGCAGACAAAAUGCUUCCAAAUGUUAAUUUGGAGGGAAAAAAUGUUCGUGCUACCUGUGCCUAG